CUUAAAUAAAUGCUUUGAGAUCUGGUAGGAAAAAUCGAAACCAGCAAAGAUGUUUUUCGUCGACAUCUGGAAAGUGCCAGUUUUUUGACGGUUAGUUUAGGGUAACAAAAUCAUAAUUGGGAAAGGACGCUUGUUUAGAGUAAUUUGAAGGCACUAGAAACCUUUUUUUACAGCCCUAGACCCAUUAAAAAAACCCCUAAGCUUAUCCACGGCAGGAGCAAAAGGCUCUGCUUUCCUCCAAUCCGUGACGUGGAUUUCUGCCUUCCUCCCAUGAAUACCAUACUGCAAGGCCACAGUGCUAACGAAAUAACUAAGUUAACUUGGAUGCAGGUGUCAUUUGAUUUACUUGUUCAAUGAGCUUAGCUGAAUUCAUUUACUUGACCAUGCCUCAUGAAUUACCUGUCAAACAGGUCCCACAUGGUUCAAUUUAAUUGAUUUCUCUGAUCAUUUCUCAUGAAUUACAUUUAAAACUUGGUUUCAGUGAAUUUUUUCCCCUGGUUUUUUAUCUCACUAAGCAAGUUUCAUUAUCAGGGUCCAUUACUCUUGCGUACAGCUUGCUUGUGAUUCUUGUGGACCUGCAGAAAAACCGUAGCCUCAACAUGGUUUACUUAUCUAUGCCAUCAAUGCUAGGUUUUCUGUUUUAGCUUCAAUCCCGUACGAUAGACUGAGUUGGAUAUACUGAGUACUUAUAAUCUUCAUUGAAGGAGUCUACUGUCCAGCAUAAUGGUUUCCGUAGCGUCUACUAUGAGACAUCAAUCUUUUACAUUUCGCUGCAGUUCGAUUUCGUCGAAUUCCCAAUUUAUUUUCUCCUCCUCCCGUGCAAUCGCUACCCACAAACUCUCUUGUAGGAAUCUGUCACUUCAGAAGGGUUUCUGCCAUGUGAAAAUGAAAUUAUUAUCUAGAUUGAUUGACAUUCAUUGUAAUAGCUACAUUUUCAGAGGUGGGAGACAUGGCAUUCAGGUUAGGUGUGCUCAGGGUUCUCCAGGAGAGACUCAGGACAAAGGACAUUCUUUCUUCAAGGAAUUUGGGAAGUUGGCCUUAUGUCUGGCAUUGGUUGGAACUUUUAUGACACAGCUUUGCCUUGAGCCCAUCUAUGCAGUUCAGUCUGGAUCUGCAGUACCAGAUGUUUCCUUGUUGAUGUCAGGACCUCCAGUCAAGGAUCCAGAUGCUUUGUUGAGAUAUGCUCUACCAAUCGACAACAAACCUAUUAGGGAUAUACAAAAGAAUCUUGAGAAUAUCAAGGAAAAUCUCAAAAUUCCAGGCAUGAAGGCACUGAAAUCAGCAGGGAAGAACACAGAGCAAGCCACUUUGGUACUUAACAAAUAUAAUACAGAAAUUCUGGAUGAUAUUGCGGAGUCAAAGAAAGAAAUGGGAAAAGAGUUGGUCGAUAAACUUAACCUUGGGUUACAAGACUUAAAAAAAAUUGUGGAAGCAAAGGAUAGGGAUGCAAUAGCACUGAAGCAGAAAGAGCUUCUUGACAUUGUGGGGUGUGUGGAGGAGGAUAUGGUGGACAAUUUCCCCUUUGAUGUGCCUGAAGAAUAUGCGGAUAAACCUCUGUUAAAAGGAAGAGCCAUGGUAGAAAUGAAAGUGAAAAUCAAGGAUAACCCCACUUCUGAUGAUGUUGUUUUUCAGCUGGUUCUAGAUGGCUAUAAUGCACCUGUUACUGCAGGAAAUUUCGUGGAUCUUAUACAAAGACAUUUUUAUGAUGGUAUGGAGAUUCAAAGAGCUGAUGGAUUUGUAGUACAAACUGGCGACCCUAAAGGACCAGCUGAUGGUUUUGUAGAUCCCAGUACAGAAAAGGUACGAACAAUCCCUCUAGAGAUAAUGGCUGCUGGAGACAGGUCACCUAACUAUGGGGCGACAUUGGAGGAGCUUGGUCGCUAUAAGGCCCGGAUGAAGCUUCCAUUCAAUGCAUGUGGAACUAUGGCCAUGGCUCGUGAUGAAUCUCAGGAUAAUUCAGCUUCAAGCCAAAUUUUUUGGCUUCUGAAAGAAAGUGAAGUUACUCCUAGCCGGUCCAACAACUUGGAUGGAAGAUAUUCAGUCUUCGGAUACGUGACUGAAAAUCGGGACCAUCUAGCUGACCUGAAGGUUGGAGAUGUAAUUGAGUCUCUACGUGUUGUCUCUGGCAUUGAUAAUUUGGUAAAUCCUAGCUACAAGAUCGUAGGGUAGUUUAUGAAAAAACAAAUUACUGUUUAUUUUAAAUUAAUUUCUGAUCCAAUGUUUAAAAAUGCAUACUCAUAGGAAUGAGAUGUUCUAGAAUUCUGAGAUAAUUGAAGUGGCUAAUCUUUGUCAA